AUGAAUUUAGUCCCCCGCCAAUCUCUCAAGUCUGCCCGCCCUCACCCCAGUUUUGCUCUCUCUCUCUGCUAUUCCUCAGAACCACCCCCCCUCCGCCAAACACCUCUCCGUCGCUCCCUCCUCCCUCCCGCCAGCCAUGAUGGCCACCCUCAACGCCACCGCCGUUGCCUCCUCCUCCGUCGCCAUCUGCCCGUUCCACGCCCACAUGCCCUCCCGCGCGCCCCGCCGGGAUCCGGUGCUCCGUCACCGAGGGCCCCACGAUCUCCCAGCCGAACAGAGUUCGUCUCCCCGUCUCACCUCGAGCUCUGGAGCUCUUCCCAGCAUAGGGUGAGGUUGGGGAAGUACAAGAGGGAUGCGGAUUCGUUGCGGAGGGAGGGGGAGAAUUCGCAGGCCGUGUGGAGACCUGAUACCAAAUUGAUUGCCGUUGUGACGACUUCACUCUAUCUUCAUUUAUUUAAGGUUCACUUUUCUGAGAAAAGAGUACAGAUUGGAGGGAAGCAACCAUCUAGUUUGUAUUUUGCGACUAUUUCUCUUCUCCUCAGCGAGCAGGUUCCCUUUGGAGACAUGAAUUUAUCUAUGAGCAAUAUUGUAAGUGGUAACAGGCAUAUGCUGCUUGGACUCUUUGACGGAUCCUUGUAUGGCAUUUCUUGGAAGGGAGAGGUAUGCUUUAUCUUUUUUACUGGCUAUUUACUUUCAGGAUCAGAGUUUUCUGUAAGACGUUGGUGCUUUGAUCUGUUCAGCCUGAAGAGGGUUGUCUUUGUUGAUUAUGAUUUAAUUUCUCUCUUUACAUCAUAAUGUCUGCGCAGUUUUGUGGGGCUGUUGGACUUGACCAUCCCAUACGAAAUGAGAGUGAUAAAGUAACUGACUUACCACAUCCUGU